AAGGUCACCGCACAGGUACACACGACCAUUCACAAUAAGAAUCAUAUUAUGUCCUCGACCUUUGAGAUACCUGGAUAGUUGAUGAAACUAAACACAGUGCUGUGGGUGGGGCAGAGAAGAGCAGCUGUGCUCUUUGGUUUAGCUUUUCUUUUUUUAGAUAAGAUUUGUUAGCUCGUACCGUCAGAUGGCAACGUGAGCCGAGAUCAGCGACCAACAUGUCCAGUUAGCGCAUGCAAUUUGAAAUGCAAAAUGCGAUGCUACCACCGAGCAUUUUUCCUGUGCAUGGUCUCCACCUCGCUCUCACUGCUGUACGUGUUCACUCAACUAGCCGCAACCUCGGAAGACCGCGAGGGCUGGGAUCUGAAAGCACAGGAGGGACCCGACGGGCGCAGCCAUGACACCGGGCACCUUCUCAGGAAAACCCCAGGAUCAGCGGGCCUACGAGACCGCGACGCAGGGCUUGGACGGUGUAAAAAGCGGUCAGUUUCUUACUGGAGGCCAUAUUGGAGUCUACCUGCUGGUGUGUGUGGAGUGAACUGCUUAUUGGAGUCAUCUGUUGGAAAGAGGUCUGCCUCUGAAGUGGGGGAACGCGGCGGUGGGAGAAGUCACCUGGCGGUGGUGGCCUGUGGCCCCAGGCUGGAGGAGACUCUUGCCAUGUUGAAGUCGGCUGUUCUCCUCAGCCACAAAUCUCUGCACUUUUACGUCUUCGCUGAGGAUGAUCUACACGACCACUUCCGAAAUGCCCUGGACUCGUGGCCCAGGACCGUCCAGACCAAGUUUAACUACACCAUCUACCCCAUAACAUUUCCCAUGGAGAAUGCCAAAGAGUGGAAGAAGCUCUUCAAACCUUGUGCCUCCCAGAGGCUCUUCCUGCCUCUGAUUCUAAAGGAAGUAGAUUCUUUGCUCUACGUGGACACGGACAUCAUUUUUCUGCAGCCGGUAGAAGAAAUCUGGGGCCUCCUUUCUCAGUUCAAUUCAAGCCACUUAGCCGCCAUGGCUCCAGAGCACGAGGAGCCACGCAUAGGCUGGUACAACCGCUUUGCACGCCACCCUUACUACGGCGAGACAGGCGUCAACUCAGGGGUCAUGCUCAUGAACAUGACGCGCCUCAGGGAGAAAUCUUUUAAGAAUGACAUGACAACAGUUGCACUGAAGUGGGAGGAAAUCCUUAUGCCCCUUCUCCAGAAGUAUAAACUCAAUAUCACCUGGGGGGACCAGGACCUUCUAAAUAUAAUUUUUCACCAUAAUCCAGAAAGCCUGUAUGUGUUUCCCUGCCAGUGGAACUACCGUCCAGACCACUGUAUCUACGGCAGCAACUGCCAACAAGCUGACCAGGAAGGUGUCUUUAUUCUCCAUGGUAACAGGGGGGUGUACCACGACGACAAGCAGCCCGCGUUCCGGGCCGUGUACGAGGCCAUCCGACAGUACGCGUUCGGCGAGGACAUGGAGACGUCGCUGCUCCAGCCGCUGGAGGCGUCGCUGCGGAGCGCCGCGCAUACCUACUGCGGCCGGAGCGCGCACCUGUUCACCAGGAGGUUGAGGCGGAGCAUCGCGUCCGUUCAGCGGGAGGCCGACCGGAGGCCGUGAUCCCCCCCCCCCCCCCACCCCCCACAGCACGGACGUCCUGGACGUCACCAUCAGCGGCCUACUUCUCGCCGAGGGGAGGCGGGGUCUUGGAUCAGCGGACACACACCUGUAGGCGACCUCUUUGGCUGCGCUGCUGCAGCUCGUGGGAACAAAGACACAAGUGGCGUCUACUGGCCGGCGGCGGGAAGACGUGCACGGAGCUACACGUGGGGCGAAGCAGCAGGAUUUGGGGUCAGUGAGGCAACUUCUUCUUAUGGCCUCGUUCUUUCUGCUGCAAACCCGACGGCGUGAAAAAGACUUUGGAAGCAGAAGGAAAUACGCCAUAACAGCCAAGUAGACUCAUAAUAUAGCACAUUUUAGAAUCAGGGCCCGACGCUUCAUUCGUAACGUUGACGUUCGGAUGAAUAUGAGGCUGAUUAGUUGGAGGAACCGUAGAGUCUGAAGCUCAUGUGAUGAACACAUGUGAUAGUUUCCACA